AUGGAAUUUUGGGUAGGCUGGGAGCUAUGGCAGAAGAUGAGCGUGGCGCUAGCUAUGCUGAUCGGCCUAGUGCUCCUUUACGCCUUUUCCGUACUCGGCUGGAAUCGCUGGGUGACCAGCAAAUACGCUGCCGCAGAGGAGAAAGAACGAGAAGAGGAACCCGAGGUAUACCCCAUGCUGCACAACGAUGACAUCCCUUUCGGUGCCAGAGCGUUGGAAAGAGGAAUAGAAGUUGAAGGAAUUUGGGUUUCAGCACCUAACACACCCACACAAAGCCCCUGCCCGCCCGCAACUCCAGUUGGAAGUCGGUCCUCGAUGGGAUCUCAGAGGUCCAUGAUCAGCCCGCAGCCUAUCCCACCGGCUGCCCGACGUGCAGUCGUCACUGAGCUUGAUCUAGCCUCUGCAGGCUUCGCCUACGAGAACCACAGACCCGGCUCGAUUUAUAGUCGAGGCAGCCUGCCCACCCCAAAUGCCGCUCGCAUGUCACCUGCACAGGAGGAGGCAUUGAUUGGCAUGAAUGACACAACCGGCAGCGGAAAGCAUGCUAGCCUCCCUACAAUGUUCAAUACACCAUCUCAACCCGAAACGAAGGACUGCCGAGUAGGCUUGGAUGGUGCUGAUGACAUGAACCAUGUCCCGGCGAUGAAUGAAUCGUCGUCUGCUCUUUCGUCUGAGACGAAGCGGAGCUCACGAUCCAUGAAACUUCUUCGCCGGCGAUCAUCUGAAGAGUUCCGGCGCAGGAUGAGCAAGAUCUUUAACGACAACAUCCAAUUGGGGGCAUCUGAGCAACUGGAGUUCAAUCCUGCUCUCCGUCAGUACCAGGGACGGUUCCGGAGGUCGUUGCUUCAUCCUCUUCGUCCGUGGGUCAACUCUCCUGGAAAUCAGUAG